AUGGCCCCUGCCAACUCGGAUAAGCACCCCAAGAUGCAAGCUAGGGUCGAAGAUUUUGAGGACGUUGACCCUGCAGAUGAUGUUCCACUGAAGGCAACCGAGACACCGAUACAAGAGGCUUCGAUGGGAGAUCUUCCUGCCGGCGAGAUUCCUACACGACGUACGGACAAUGCUUCUGAUCAGGGUAGUGGGACGACGAUUUCACAGCCCACGGCGAGCACUCUUCCUGAUCUGGUCAAUCAAUUAGCCAACAGACUUGAAAACCUUCCCCCUCUCAAGCCUGUUCUUUUCAAUUGCAAUAAGUGUAGGAAGACUGAGCCCUCUGUUGGUGCCUUCAAAAAGAAGUGUCGUUGUAAAGCAGUUGUAUAUUGCGGGAAGGAGUGCAAAAAGGAGGAUCUCAAGGAACAUAAACGCCAGUGCGGAGACCUUGGUAAUCGCAGUUCCGAACUAGCGAGCCAAACAGCCGAGAUUGUUCAGGCGCAAAUAGAAUUUCACCAUAGACAAAUUGCGAUUGCUACUAGACAAGAAUUGGAGAAGUCCACACCUGAGUCGGCGAUGCAGCAUUGGAUAAAUGCUUUUCGGUUAUUAGUACUGGACAACACGGACGCGGCUGGAAACCGUCGGGAUCACAGAGGUCUUCUCGAUAUUUUUGAAGAUUUUCUGAUGCAGUUGAGCGGCCAAGAUAAAUACUGGGCUCCUUGGCUGCAAGAAAAGCAAGGUCGGAAGGCUUGCAUAGCUCUGGCAAAGGACAAGAACUCGUGGUACUAUAUAGAGCGCCGUGUCACUGCCAAAGAGUUGCAAGAACAGUGGGCGCAUUUUCCGCAUUAUGUUUUAUUUCUGCGGCAUCUGCAGAAGAUAGCUCGCGGUCAGAUGAUCUCGGCGGAAGAGGUAUUGCCAAUGGAGCCGUUGAAAUAG